UCUGUGUAUUUUAGUGUUGAUGAUGGAUGUGAUGUGCUGUAAAUCAGUAGGAACUGAUCUGUCCAUGCUGGAUAUUGAUGAUUUCAUCACAGAAAUCUCUCAGCUGAAGAAAGAGGUGGCGUUACUGGAGACAAAGCUGAGGUUAAGAGGAGAUGAAGGACCGAAGAGAGAGGACUCCGAGCUCAGUCUGACUUUACUCUGUUAUACUGAGUCAAAGCCCACAGACGCUCAGGACACUACAGUGUGUGACAGUAAUCAGGGCUUACAGGAUGAGGAAUCUACUGAUCAAACCUCCACAGAGUCUCUGGAUUCUGUCUGGAACGCUGGAGAACAGCAGCAGAUCCUGCAGACCAAACUCAAGAUGUGUUCAGUCAAACUCAUAGACUGCUCGAACCUCAUGAUGAAGAUCAAAACUGAACCUACAGAAAUAAAAACUGAACCCACAGAAGAUGAUUAUGAAGACAAUCAUGAUGAUCAUGAUUUUAUUCCGCCAGAUGCAAAGACUAAAUUAUGUUUGGAUGGAGAAAUAACGUCCAUAACAUCAAAAGAGCGACUGACAGCACUUUCGUGCAUCACCAGUGGAGAGACUUUCAGCUCAAAGAGACAUUUAGAGAGAAAACAUACAGAACAGAAGCAUCAUCUGAAGAAAAUCACCAAUGAGAGACCGUAUCAGUGCAGUGAAAGUGGAAAAACCUUUAGGGAUUCGUUCUCUUUAAAGUCACACCAAACACUACCCACUGAAGAGAAACCCUUUCAAUGUUCACACUGUGAUAAACAUUUCCAUCAGAAAUCUCAUCUGAUAGUCCAUGAGAGAAUUCACACUGGAGAGAAACCUCAUCACUGUAGUGUUUGUGGGAAGAGUUUUAAUCAACGUCACCAUUUAGUUUCACAUCAGAGAACUCAUACAGGUGAAAAACCUUACAAAUGCCCUCAUUGUGAUAAGAUGUUUACUCAAGCAGGCCACUUAAAAGUCCAUGAGAGAGUUCACACUGGAGAGAAACUUUAUCACUGUAGUGUUUGUGGGAAGAGUUUUCGGCAACGUGAACAUUUAGUGAGACACCAGAGAAUUCAUACAGGUGAAAAACCUUACAAAUGCUCUCAGUGUGAGAAGACGUUUACUGAGUCACGUUCCUUAAAAGUCCAUGAGAGAGUUCACACCGGAGAGAAACCAUACCACUGCUCUCACUGUGGUAAGAGCUUCUCUGAUCCAUCUCAAUUCAGAGUCCAUCAGAGACUUCAUACUGGAGAAAAACCUUACGUCUGCUCUCACUGUGGUAAGAGCUUUUCUGAUCCAUCUCAUUUCAGUGUCCAUCAGAGACUUCAUACUGGAGAAAAACCUUACCACUGCUCUCACUGUGGUAAGAGCUUUUCUGAUCCAUCUCAAUUCAGUGUCCAUCAGAGAGUUCACACUGGAGAGAAGCCUUUUCAGUGUACUCUUUGCAGGAAGAGUUUUAGUCAAAAGUCAAACUUUCUAAAGCACCAGAGAAUUCAUACAGGAGAAAGACCUUACAAAUGCUCUCAGUGUGGUAAAAUGUUUUCUCAAGCAGGCCACUUAAAAGUCCAUGAGAGAAUUCACACAGGAGAGAAACCUUAUCUCUGUAGUGUUUGUGGGAAGAGUUUUAAUCAUCGUCUCAAUUUAGUUUCACAUCAGAGAACUCAUACAGGUGAAAAACCUUACAAGUGCUCUCAAUGUGGGAAGAAGUUUGCUCAUUCAUCUUUCUUAAAAGUCCACGAGAGAAUUCACAGUGGAGAGAAACCUCAUCACUGUAAUGUUUGUGGGAAGAGUUUUAGUCAACGUGAACAUUUAGUGAAACACCAGAGAACUCACAAAGGUGAAAAACCUUACAAAUGCUCUCAGUGUGAGAAGACGUUUACUGAGUCACGUUCCUUAAAAAUCCAUGAGAGAGUUCACACUGGAGAGAAACCUUACGUCUGCUCUCAGUGUGGAAAGAGAUUCUCUGAUCCAUCUCAUGUCCGAGUUCAUCAGAGAGUUCACACUGGAGAGAAACCUCAUCACUGUAGUGUUUGUCGGAAGAGUUUUAGUCAACGUGAACAUUUAUUGAAACACCAGAGAACUCAUACGGGUGAAAAACCUUACAAAUGCUCUCAGUGUGAGAAGACGUUUACUGAGUCACGUUCCUUAAAAAUCCAUGAGAGAGUUCACACUGGAGAGAAACCUUACAUGUGCUCUCAUUGUGGAAAGAGCUUCUCUGAUCCAUCUCAAUUCACUGUUCAUCAGAGAGUUCACACUGGAGAGAAACCUUACGUCUGCUCUCACUGUGGAAAGAGCUUCUCUGAUCCAUCUUAUUUUAGAGUGCAUCAAAAAAUUCACACUAGAGAGAAGCCUUAUCACUGUGAUGUUUGUGGUAAAAGUUUUAAUCUACGUGAUUAUUUAGUGUCACAUCAGAGAACUCAUACAGGUGAAAAACCUUAUAUCUGCUUGAUCUGUGAAAAGAGAUUUUCUCAUUCUGGAAGUCUUCAGAAGCAUCAGAAGAAACAUACUGAACAACAAACUACACUGAAAGUAUCCUCAGUGUUUUUCUCUCUUGAAUGUAAACAGAGUCUUGUCUCUGUGUAUUUUAGUGUUGAUGAUGAGAUGGAUGUGAUGUGCUGUAAAUCAGGAACUGAUCAGGGCUUACAGGAUGAGGAAUCUACUGAUCAAACCUCCACAGAGUCUCUGGAUUCUGUCUGGAACGCUGGAGAACAGCAGAAGAUCUUGCAGACCAAACUCAAGAUGUGUUCAGUCAAACUCAUCGACUUCAGGAACCUCAUGAGGAAGAUAAAAACUGAACCGAUAGAAGUAAAAACUGAACCGACAGCAGAUGUAUUUAAGGAUAAUCAUGAUGAUGUUCAUGAUUUUAUUCUGUCAGAUGUAAGGAGUGAAUUAUGUUUGGAUGAAGAAAUAACGUCCUCGACUCUUUCCUGUAUCACCGGUGGAGAGACAUUGAGCUCACAGAGACAUUUAGAGAGAAAACACACAGACCUUGAACAUCAUCUGAAGAAACACACCAAUGAGAGACCGUAUCAGUGCCGUCAAUGUGGAAAAACCUUUAGGCAUGCAAAGUUAUUAAAAUCACACCAGAAUAUUCACUCUGAAGAGAAACGCUAUCAAUGUUCACACUGUAAUAAACGUUUUUGUCAUAAAUCUCAUCUGAUAGUCCAUGAGAGAAUUCACACUGGAGAGAAACUUCAUCACUGUAGUGUUUGUGGGAAAAGUUUUAAUCAACAUCAACAUUUAGUGAAUCACCAGAGAACUCAUACAGGUGAAAAACCUUUCAAAUGCUCUCAGUGUGAGAAGACGUUUGCUCAGUCAAGUCACUUAAGAAUCCAUGAGAGAGUUCACACUGGAGAGAAACCUUACCAAUGCUCGAUCUGUGGAAGGAGCUUCUCUCAUUUAAGAUAUGUUGGAGUUCAUAUGAGAGUUCAUACGGGAGAGAAACCUUAUGACUGUAAUGUUUGUGGGAAGGGUUUUGGGCAACAGGCUACCUUUAUAAAGCACCAGAGAACUCAUACAGGAGAAAAACCUUACAAAUGCUCUCAGUGCGAGAAGAUGUUUGCUUAUUCAGAUUCCUUAAAAGCCCAUCUGAGAGUUCACACUGGAGAGAAACCUUACGUCUGCUCUCAAUGUGGAAAGAGCUUCACUAAUUUAAGUUCUAUUAGAGUCCAUGAGAGAAUUCACACUGGAGAGAAACCUCAUCACUGUAAUGUCUGUGGGAAGAGUUUUAAUCAACAUCAACAUUUAGUGAAUCACCAGAGAACUCAUACAGGUGAAAGACCUUACAAAUGCUCUCAGUGUGAGAAGACGUUUGCUCAGUCAAGUAUCUUAAAAGUCCAUGAGAGAGUUCAUACAGGAGAGAAACCUUACGUCUGCUCUUACUGUGGAAAGAGCUUCUCUGAUUCUAGAAGUAUUCAGAAUCAUCAGAAGAAACAUAAUUAUGAACAAACUACACUGAAAUCAUCAUAUUCUCAUCACCAGAUGAUGGAUGUGAUGUGCUGUAAAUCAGUAGGAACUGAUCUGUCUAUGCUGGAUAUUGAUGAUUUCAUCACAGAAAUCUCUCAGCUGAAGAAAGAGGUGGCGUUACUGGAGACAAAGCUGAGGUUAAGAGGAGAUGAAGGACUGAAGAGAGAGGACUCCGAGCUCAGUCUGACUUUACUCUGUUAUACUGAGUCAAAGCCCACAGACGCUCAGGACACUACAGUGUGUGACAGUAAUCAGGGCUUACAGGAUGAGGAAUCUACUGAUCAAACCUCCACAGAGUCUCUGGAUUCUGUCUGGAACGCUGGAGAACAGCAGCAGAUCCUGCAGACCAAACCUAAGAUGUGUUCAGUCAAUCUGGAGGACUGCAGGAACCUCAUGAUGGACAUCAAAACUGAACAUACAGCAGAUGAAUAUGAAGACAAACACAAUGAUGGUCAUGAUUUUAUCCAUUCAGAUGUGAAGAGUGAAUUAUGUUUGGAUGGAGAAAUAACUUCGACUCUUUCCUGCAUCACCGGUGGAGAGACAUUGAGCUCACAGAGACAUUUAGAGAGAAAACACACAGAACAAAAACACUUCACCUGCACCAGAUCUGAGAUCAGCUCUACUACCUUACAAGAGAAGAAACUUCAUUCAGAAGAGCACAGAGACAAAAAGAAGAAAUUUCACUGUCAACAUUGUGGGAAGAAUUUUGACUUUUUAUGUCAGCUGAACAUUCACAUGAGGACACACAGUGAUAAAAAGCCUUUCUACUGCACUGAAUGUGGCUAUUACUUCAUCACCAAAGGAACUCUUGAUGUUCAUCAGAGAAUUCACACAGGAGAAAAACCAUACGAGUGUCCUCACUGUGAGAAGAGAUUCAGCCACAAACCUUAUCUGAAGAAACAUAUUCUUAUACACACCAAUGAGAGACCGCAUCAGUGCAAUGAAUGUGGAAAAACCUUUAGGAAUUCAAGGUUAUUAAAAUCACACCAGAAUAUUCACUCUGAAGAGAAACUUAUUCAAUGUUCACACUGUGAUAAACGUUUUUGUCAUAAAUCUAGUCUUAUAAUCCAUGAGAGAGUUCACACUGGAGAGAAACCUCAUCACUGUAAUGUUUGUGGGAAGAGUUUUAACCAACGUGUCAGUUUAGUAAAACACCAGAGAAUUCAUACAGGAGAAAAACCUUACAAAUGCUCUCAGUGUGAGAAGAUGUUUGCUCAAGCAGGCAACUUAAAGGCCCAUCAGAGACUUCACACUGGAGAGAAACCUCAUCACUGUAAUGUUUGUGGGAAAAACUUUAAUCAAAAUGAACAUUUAGUGAGACACCAGAGAACUCAUACAGGUGAAAAACCUUACAAAUGCUCUCAGUGUGAGAAGAUGUUUGCUCAUUCAGCUUCCUUAAAAGCCCAUCAGAGACUUCAUACAGGUGAAAAACCUUACGUCUGCUCUCAUUGUGGAAAGAGCUUCUCUGAUCCAUCUAGUUUUAGAGUUCAUCAAAGAGUUCACACUGGAGAGAAACCUCAUCACUGAAGUGUUUGCUAGCUUUCUAAAGCACGAGAGAACUCAUACAGGUGAAAGACCUUACAAAAGAUCUCAGUGUGAGAAGUCAAGUAAUUAAAAGUCCAUGAGAGAGUUCAAACAGGAGAGAAACCUUUAUGUCUGCUCGAUUUGUGGAGAGAGAUUCUUAUUCUGGAAGUCUUCAGCAUCAUCAGAAGAAACACGCUAAAGAACGAAGUACACUAAAAUCAUUGUAGUGUUUGUCUUGACACACUGGUUGUGUAUAUUCAAUGAGAAUAUUUGAUUCGAUAAUGUACUACAACAAAAACAAUGUAUUUCUAUAAAUAAAUUUACAUUGACCUCGGUUAUUUGUGGUGCCAAAAAGCAAAGAUAAUAAUAAUUUGAAUUAUUUGGUAUUGUUGACAUUUCUUAUGAUUGAUUAAUGUGCUUUAUUAGUUGAAAUGAUUUUUGAAUUAUCAUGUUGUUUACCUGGCUAAUAAAUUGUUACGUUUGGAUUUA